GCUUUUGUCUUCGUACUUUGAGGGAGGCAUGGAAAAAGUGGAUGUUAGAUUAUGAGAAGUCAAAAGAAGUUAGAGAAAAAGUUAAAAAGAUAAAAGUAGUCUCAAGUAAAGUUAAUGCAAUUAUAGAGGGAAAUUUAGAGGGAAAUAUGGAGGGAAAUUUAGAGAGAAAUGUAGAGGAAAAUUUAAAGGAAAACAUUGAGGAAAAUUUAGACGGAAAUGUGGAGGGAACUAUAGGGGCAUUUAGGUGA